GUCUUUCUUUUGUUCUCUCUCCUCCCUCUUGCACACACUCAGAGUUUUUCAGAGAUAUUAGCUCAUGCGCUCCUUCACACACAUUUGACUUGAUUUGACCAGUGCAGCUUCCAACAUCGAGCCUGAAGCAUGGGGCAAGAAACACCUGACUACUUAAACAAUGACAGUGACUUUUUCUAUGACUACGAGCUGAUCAGAAGAGGAGGGCUGAUCUUCUCUGCUGUUCUCUUCUGUUUGGGCAUCGCAAUCAUAUUUAGCAAAAGGCUCACUUGUGGGAGAAAACGAAACACAAAGCCUGUGAAUCUGGACGAACUUUAAAUCUGAAGUCUUUUAAAGCUGGUAUCCCAUCAUCCAUCACCCAAUCCUGUCACUAAUAAGGACCAAUCCUGCAUCAAUGGAAUGUUUUAAAAUGACCUUCAUUUAUAUUGAUUUAAGUGAGUAAAUGUUUUGGCAGCUGGUGUGUCCAAUAAAGAAUGUAUACCAUA